AACACAUACACAGAAACUCAUCAAGCUAAAAUUUACACUAAAAACAAAAGUGUUAAGAAUUAAGAAAGGAACACACGCGGCCUUUAGAUAUUUAUUCAAGGAUAACAAAUAUCCGCAAAAUUCCUAAGUUCACAUUUUCGAUUCGAGUUAAUUAGUUGUGUGUAAUUGAGAAAACAACAGGACGAAUCAUGAAGAUAAUACAAGCUAUUCUCCUGUUGAUGACAUCGAUGUUCUGUGCUCAUGGAAAAGAUUACAAUAUAUUUUGCUAUUGGAACACCACCGCAUUCUAUCGCAAGAAUGUCGCCAGUUUUCAGGCUUGGCACAUAGACGUACGUCUUUGCACGCAUUUGGGUUAUAGCCACUUUGGCAUUAGUGAGACGGGAGCCAUUAAGAUGGUUGAUGAGCAUCUGGACAAGAAAAUAGAACUCAUAAAUCAAGUUAUCAAUUUGAGGCACUCAGCGAGUAAGCUCAAAGUAUUUGCAUCCGUUGGCGGCUGGACCGUGGAUUCGAAGUUGAUGUCGAAUAUGGCAGCCGACAUGCGUAAGCGUGAUCGUUUCUUUUCCUCAGUCAUAGAGUUCUUGUACUCCUGGCACUUCGAUGGACUUGACUUGGACUGGGAAUUCCCCACGCAGCGCGGAGGUCGUCCAGAGGAUCGCAAUAACUUCGUAGUCUUGCUGGAGGAACUAAAGAUCAUUCUACACGAGCACAAGUUCCAGCUUUCAGUAGCAGUGGCUGCACGGACCGAUGAAGCUACACUCGCCGCUUAUGACAUUCCCAACAUUGUAAAGCACGCAGAUCUGGUUAACCUAAUUACCUAUGACUUUGAUCGUCCAUUUGGUAAGCACGUGGCCCACAAUGCUCCACUGUACGGUGCUGGCAAUGCCAGCAGCGUCGAGCGUGCCGUACGCCAAUGGGUGAAGCAGGGUGGAAAACCCGCCAAACUCUUGCUCGGCAUACCCUUCUUCGCCCAAACAUACACCCUGAAGCAGCUGAGCAAUACGAGCGUGGGUGCUCCCAGCAGGGGACCCGGCUAUCCGGGCGUAUCAACAUUACAGCGCGGUUUUAUGGGAUACAAUGAGUUCUGCAUGCGUGCGUCUAAAUGGACUAAGAAAUAUGAUGAGGAAGCUCAUGUGCCCUAUGCCAUCAAGCACAGUCAGUGGCUGAGCUAUGAAGAUGGUCGCAGCAUAAACGAGAAGUUGAGGCUUCUCAAGUCCUUAAAUUUGGGAGGGGCCAUGGUCUGGUCCAUCGAUACGGAUGACUUUCGGGGUAAUUGUGGCGAGCGCUUUUCUCUGUUACGUAUCGUCAAUGCUGGCAUUGGGGAUGCCAAGCUCUUAACAACACAGGCCCCCACGACGGAGGGUUUUGGUAUGUGUCCCCAAGAUGGUUUCUUUCGUCAUCCAUGGUUCUGCGAAUACUAUCAUGAGUGUCGCGAUGGUCAGCGCUUUGACUACGAAUGCAUCAAUGGAGAGUAUUUUGAUGCAGAUCUUGGUCAAUGCAGCGCUGCUAGUUCGGUAUACUGCCCGCAGAACUUCGUGACCUGGAAGCCCGGGGAGAGGGUAUACAACUUUCGCGACCUACCUCUGAACCUGAAAAUUGCUAAAUAGCUGCACUCAAGUAUUAAUACAUGAACACACAAUUUAGAGAUUAAUAAAUAUAUCAAUUAGGUGCACAGAUCUUUACACACA